GCCGCCAAAGAGACAGGGGAAACACACGCACAGGCGCUCCCGCUCUCCCCGCGGCGUCCGCCUCGUCUUGCCCUGCCUUGCCACCCGCCUCGACACCUCGGCCCCCCCCCCCCCCCGGCGCCGGACGGUUCGGAUUGCUGCGGUGGUACCCCGGCCUGCGGUCCCACCGGGAACUGGGAGCAGCGUGGGAGCGGGGUUCCAUGCGAGCCGGAGCGGGAGGGCUGACGGUGCCUCUUCUCCUCCCCAAGGUGACAUGGAGCAGCUGAAGUGACCCGAGGAGCCGUUGCAGCCGUGCCCAGGAUGGGGUGUGUGUACUGCAAAGAGAAGGGAUCUGGCAAAGGGCAGGUGGGGGGUGAGGUGAGCCCCCCCCCCACUCCCACCUCCCAGUACGACCCCGACCCCACGCAGUCGGGCACCAUCUUCACCCGCAUCCCCGACUUCAACAACUUCCACGGCACGGCGGUGCCCUCGGCUCCAUCCUUCACGGGGCCGGGGGUCUUCACCUCCAACACGCUGCAAAUGAGGAGCGGGGGCAUCACAGGCGGUGGCGUGACACUCUUCAUCGCCCUGUAUGACUAUGAGGCCAGGACGGAGGAUGACCUGACCUUCCAGAAAGGGGAAAAAUUCCACAUCAUCAACAACACGGAGGGUGACUGGUGGGAGGCCAGGUCGCUGAGCUCGGGCACCACGGGUUACAUCCCCAGCAACUACGUGGCCCCCGUGGACUCUAUCCAGGCAGAAGAGUGGUACUUUGGUAAGAUCGGGCGCAAGGAUGCGGAGCGGCAGCUCCUGUGCCACGGCAACUGCAGGGGCACCUUCCUCAUCCGGGGAGAGCGAGACCACAAAAGGUACGGGGACAGGGACGGGGACACGGGGGGGGGGGGCUCGUGGAAGCACUAUAAGAUUCGGAAACUGGACAACGGGGGCUACUACAUCACCACCCGCGCCCAGUUCGACACCGUCCAGCAGCUGGUCCAGCACUAUAUAGAGCGGGCGGCUGGGCUGUGCUGCCGCCUGGCCGUGCCGUGCCAUAAAGGAACGCCCAAGCUGGCCGACCUCUCGGUCAAAACCAAAGAUGUGUGGGAGAUCCCCCGCGAGUCCCUCCAGCUCCUCAAGAAGCUGGGCAACGGGCAGUUCGGGGAAGUGUGGAUGGAAUAUAACGACGGGUUGUGCCAUCUGCUAACCCGCGCGUGCCCCGCUAUGAAGCCCCAGACCCUGGGAUUAGCUAAGGACGCCUGGGAGAUAGCGCGGGAAUCCAUCAGCCUCGACAAGAAACUCGGCAUGGGAUGUUUCGGAGACGUGUGGAUGGGCACGUGGAACGGCACGACGAAGGUGGCGGUGAAGACGCUGAAGCCGGGCACCAUGUCACCGGAGGCCUUCCUGGAGGAGGCUCAGAUCAUGAAGCGGCUGCGGCACGACAAGCUGGUGCAGCUCUACGCCGUCGUGUCGGAGGAGCCCAUCUACAUCGUCACGGAGUUCAUGAGCCAGGGCAGCUUGCUGGAUUUCCUAAAGGAUGGGGACGGCCGCUACCUGAAGCUGCCCCAGCUGGUGGACAUGGCUGCCCAGAUCGCGGCGGGCAUGGCCUACAUUGAGCGGAUGAACUAUAUCCACCGGGACCUCCGCGCUGCCAACAUCCUGGUGGGAGACAACCUGGUGUGCAAGAUCGCUGACUUCGGCCUCGCUCGCCUCAUCGAGGACAACGAGUACACGGCACGCCAGGGUGCCAAGUUCCCCAUCAAGUGGACAGCCCCAGAGGCCGCGCUUUUUGGGAAGUUCACCAUCAAGUCGGACGUCUGGUCCUUUGGCAUCCUCCUGACCGAGCUGGUGACCAAAGGCCGGGUGCCCUACCCAGGGAUGAACAACCGGGAGGUGCUGGAGCAAGUAGAGCGGGGGUACCGCAUGCAGUGCCCGGGCAACUGCCCCCCAUCCCUGCACGAAGUGAUGGUGCAGUGCUGGAAGCGGGAGCCUGAGGAGCGUCCCACCUUCGAGUACCUCCAGUCCUUCCUCGAGGACUACUUCACCGCCACCGAGCCCCAGUACCAACCGGGGGACAACCAGUGAGCCGGUGCUGGCACCCCCCAGCCGGGCUCUGGGGUGGUUUUUGGGCAAUUCUCCCCCUUUUUGCAGGGCGGUUGUUGCUCCCUUUGCCUGUGCCCCCCCCCCCCCAAAACGCCUGUCGGGGGGUGCCCUGGGGAGGACAGAGGGCUUUGCACAAAGAUUUUGGACUCGGAGAGGGGGCAAAGCUGUGCCCCCCCCCCGCCCCAGCCCCCCUUCUCCUGCCCUGGCCCCUCUCUCGUUGCCUUUACACCCAGCUUUGAACCUGAGAAGUGCUUUGGCUUGGGGGAGGAAGGUGGGGGUACCCCACUGUGCCCCCCCAGACACCCCUAGCCCUGCAGCAGCAGAGGCCUCGGGGGGGGGGGGGGUGGCCCUCCCCAUGCCAACCCCAAUCUCCUCUCCCCCGGCUCAGCUCUGUGCACCUGGGGGGGGUUCAGCCCCCCAAAUCCUGGAGCUGACCUGGGAAAGGUCACCUUAACCCCCCGUCCUUAAUAUCGUCUUUAAUUUAUGAGAUUUUAUACCCCUCACCUUAGCAGCCAGCUCACCCCUAGGGAUCCCUGUAUUUAGGGGGAUCCCCUUGCCCCCCCCUUUUAUCUUCUCUCCUUAUAGUAGAGUCAAAUCCUGAAAGCCAUAAACCUCUGCUUGCACUGGGGGGGAACGAGGGGUCCUGG